CUCAUUUAUUAAACUCCGCCCUCCCUCAAAAGAAGCUGUGCAUUUCCUACUUUUAUACUGUCUGUGUGUCUGCUUCGCACAGCUCAGCUGGCCAGAGGAACUGAGAUAUCUGCUCCCCUACAAGAAACUCUCCCUGGGUUGAUCAGAAUGAAUUAUCAAGUGUCAACUCCGAUCUAUGACAUUGAUUAUGGCAUGUUAGAGCCCUGCCAAAAAAUCAAUGUGAAGCAAAUUGCAGCCCGGCUCCUGCCCCCGCUCUACUCGUUGGUGUUCAUCUUUGGUUUCGUGGGUAACAUGCUCGUCGUCCUCAUCCUGAUCAACUGCAAAAAGCUUAAGAGCAUGACUGACAUCUACCUGCUCAAUUUGGCCAUCUCUGACCUGCUUUUCCUUCUUACCAUCCCAUUCUGGGCUCACUAUGCUGCAACCCAGUGGGACUUUGGAAAUACAAUGUGUCAACUUUUGACAGCAUUCUAUUUUAUAGGCUUCUUCUCUGGAAUCUUCUUCAUCAUCCUCUUGACAAUCGACAGGUACCUAGCUAUUGUCCAUGCCGUGUUUGCUUUAAAAGCCAGGACAGUCACCUUUGGGGUGGUGACGAGCGGGGUCACCUGGGUGGUGGCUGUGUUGGCCUCUCUCCCUGGAAUCAUCUUUACCAGAUCUCAGAAAGAAAAUUUUCAUGUCACAUGCAGCCUUCAUUUCCCACACAAUCAGUAUCAGUUCUGGAAGAAUUUCCAGACGUUAAAGAUGACCAUCUUAGGUCUGGUGCUGCCACUGCUGGUCAUGGUCAUCUGCUACACAGGAAUCCUGAAAACCCUGCUUCGGUGUCGAAACGAGAAGAAGAGACACAAGGCUGUGAGGCUCAUCUUUACCAUCAUGAUUGUUUACUUUCUCUUCUGGACUCCCUAUAACAUUGUGCUUUUCCUGAACACUUUCCAGAGUUUCUUUGGCCUGAAUAAUUGCAGUAGCUCUAAUAGAUUGGAUCAAGCCAUGCAGGUAACAGAGACUCUUGCAAUGACGCACUGCUGCAUCAACCCUGUCAUCUACGCCUUUGUCGGAGAGAAGUUCAGAAACUACCUCUUGGUGUUCUUCCAAAAGCAUAUCACCAAACGCUUCUGCAAAUGCUGUUCAAUCUUCCAGCGAGAGGCCCCCGAACGGACCAGCUCGGUUUAUACCCGAUCCACUGGGGAACCUGACAUCUCUAUUGGCUUAUGAUCUGGACUCAAGUGGGCUUGUGACCUGGACUGAGUUGAGCCACAUGACUCAGUUUUGAUACACAGCCUGGAGGUGGGAACAAUCCUUUUCAAAAAGAAGUUACUGCCAUGGAGGGCCUAAGA